AUGACACAGCCAUCACAGUUCAAUGGCAACCGCUACCUACAACCUGCUCCCAUGGAAGAAACGGUAGGGCCCGGUGUUCACCCCCAAGACCAGGACUGGUCUCAAUGGAUGCAAUGGGAUUGGGAUGAUACAAAUCCCGGUGCUGUGCCGAAGAGAGAAAUUGACUCUUCAAGUUUGAGCCCGAAAUUCAGUAACGCGGCAGUUCCGGCCAUCGACAGGGUCGACUUUGCAUCCGACUCGUUGUUUCCUGCAACAAAUGCGAGGAAGAUCGCGGCCGAGCCCAGAACCCAGCCUGAUGCGCAGGGUCUAGCGUCUCUGGCUCGACGUCGAAAUACUGGAGGCGCCAAACCAGACAAUCAUUCCAGUCGAAAGCGAAAGACAUCUAGCGAGGAUGAUGAAGGCUCCGUAGAAGCCGGUGACGAUUCACCACCAGAUUCAAAGCCGCAGGCAUCAAAGAAACGCUCACACAACGUCAUUGAGAAGCGGUAUCGAGCUAAUUUAAACGAGAAGAUUACGGAGCUCAGAGAUAGUAUCCCGAGUUUACAUGGUUUGACCAGAGACACCAAUGGGGGAUCUUCGAUCCAUGACGACGACUUCUCGACCGGGAACAAGCUCAACAAAGCGUCUAUCCUGUCCAAGGCAACCGAGUACAUCCGCCAUCUGGAAAUACGAAACAGUCGACUCGAAGAAGAGAAUAAGGCCCUGAAAACACGUUUACGCCAGCUUGACAAAGCCGUAAUUAUCGAGCAAUCAGCAUCAACAUCCGUUGGAUCUGCGUCGUCACCCGACAGUUAUUCAGGGACUAUUGAUAGUCUCGAGUCGCCACCAAGUGUGUUUUCGCAUGCAGACGAAUCACCGAAUUUUCGAAAGGCGUCGACGUCUACCAGCCCUCCUGAAGGGAUGAUCAAAGUACCGGAUUACAUCAAGAACAUGCGAGCCAAGGCGCCCACACAAGGCAUCUUUGCCGAGUCUUAUAUCAAGGAUGAUCCGAAACCUCAGCAACAGAUUGGGCAGGCUCGCAGAGGCAUGACAUCUGGAAGUAAACUCUUCUUGGGCACUAUUGCAGGUCUGAUGGUUCUCCAAAAUGUCCAAACGGAGAAAGAAUCCGACGAAAAGGGACUGCUGGCGGUCCCACUCAAAAUGCUAAAUGAUUUCUUAGCCAACACUUUUGCGUCAACGCAGAGGACGUUCUUGGUUUGGAAUCAGGAAAUGGCUCCAUGGAGUACAUGGCAAUUCAAGGCCAUAUUGAGUCUGCUGCUUACCGGUGGCCUAGCCGUGGCCAGUGCCUUUUUCGUUUUUCUCUAUUUGUUCUACGCCCGACCAAAGUCUGAGAAUGACUCGGCAAAGAUUGCUUCGGCAGCAGGAAUCAGGAUGACACCAGCUGAAAUCAAGAGGCAGGCUUGGUUGACUAGCAUGCAGAGACUCGGUGUACCGCGACAUAGAUUUUUCUUGGAGUGGUUUGCCGUCACCUCCAGAUGGGUUGAGUACAGCGUGUGCUGUCUAAUUGGUCGGAGUGUAUAUUCCUGGAUUACAGGCAUCACUGAGGAGGACGAAAAGGGUCGGAUCAAGACCUGGGAUAUCGCGAUCGAUGCUCAGCUAGCCGGCGGUGAUACUGAAGUCAGCAAAUCACGUCUUGUCCUUACUAUUUUUGCAUCCGGCACGCUACCGCGAAGUCCAGGAAGGAUAAUGUUGAAAGCAUUCCACUGCCGCGUAGUACUAUGGCGAGUGGGCGAGCCAGGCUCUUUUGUCUCUGCUGUUGCGAAUAAAGUCGGACGUGUAUUGGCAACCUAUCAAUGGAAUCUGGCGCGCGAACUGAAUCGAUCUUUGCCAAAGGAUCAUCCCGAUGCUCUCCCCAGCCAUCUUGCGGCCUUACUCGAGAUGGAGUGCAAUGAUAUCUUGCUUGACCCUAUCGUCCAGCGAGCUGUCAAUCUUACCUGGAGUCGACCUACCCAGGAAGGUCUCGAUGAGGAUGAGGCAUUACUAGACGUUGUAGCGGAGGAUCCAGCAAUUCAAAUCUUUGCCGAUAGCAUCGCAGCCUGGUGGUCGAGUCAUCUGCUACAAAACGCUUUGCUGAACUCAUUCGACAUCGAAGCCGAUGGGAUCUAUGGAAGAAAGGGACUCGAAAAGCAAAUCGAUCUUGCUCUAAAAGUUGCGCCGCGUCUAUCAGCUGCUCACACCAGAGCAGCAGCCAUGCGUGCAGUACUGUUUGAGCAAAAUAGGCUUCAUGACAUAAAAACAGUUCUCAGCGCCUUACCAUCGAAGAAAAAUCACCAACAAUCCCAAGAAGUAUCAAAUUUCCUUGACUCGUCUAUACCCAUGUCCGUACGGAAUGAGCUCGCAAUCUCCGUUCGAUGUGCAAUGAUAGCAGCUAUCAUCAAAGCACGAAUGACCAACGACACUUCUUUUCCGUCACAUCUGACUAUCCGAAAGGCCAUCAACUGGCUCAAUGAACUCCCUCUCGACCCACUUGAAUUGACUCUUAUCAGUUUCGCAGCGGUAUACCAUCUCCUGCACACCGUCGUAGCCUACGGCGAGCUUUUAUCAUCAUCGUCAUCUGCAUCCUCCUCCUCGCCCUCAGCGACAUCAUCAGACUUUUCAAUCUCCACCACCAAAUCCGCACCACCAGCAGCCUCUUCACUUACCAAAAUUGACUCUUCCUCAUCACCACCACCACCAACCCACAAACGCGUCCGCUCGAACAGCGCGUCCGAGCCAACGCCUCAAUACAGCCGUAUCGCAAAUGACCUCGUCUACUGGGCCCGAAACGCAUACAAUCCCGCCUUUUACGGCCUGACUAGUACAAUGGUCGACACAGUCGAAGCGGAAUGCGUCUCAAUCUGUAAGAACGCGGGUAUCGAUUUGCUUUCUGGGGAUGCGAAGACGUUGCAAUCGAGUAUUCGUCGAUUGAUUCGGAAAGAUGAUCAGAAACAGAGGCAUAAGAGAAGGGUAUCUGUUAGUGAGAAACGGAAAGGACAAGAGGAAGAAGGGCAGGAUAUUAGUAGACGGAAAAGUCUUGAGAGUAAUGAUACGGGGUAUGCGAGUGAUUCUCGGUGA